AUGUCGGAUACUGUCCAACCGCCGGGAACUCCGCCCGCUGCAGACACGCAAACCGCAACAACGGCAGACGAGCAGCUUGCGUCCCCCACCGAUAUGAAUAACACUGUCGUCGACCCAGUCAACCAUGCAACUAGAGACCCCAAGUUCAGUCCGGGAGCCGGCCAGGCCUUCUUUUCUACCGAACUUGGUACCCGCGCUCCCCGUUCACUAGGUCCAAUUCGUGCGCCCGUCAUCGCACGUAGCGUCCAAGGUCCUGCGGCUGUGGUGCAAGCAGCGACCCAUUGGCAGGUAAAGUACAAGAAUCAGUGUCUCUGCAUUCUACCCUCACAGGGGUGGACCGUGGAAGACCUAUGGGAUGCCGAAGAUGUCCACAUCGAGGGCAGGAAAUUCUGCGAAGAGAUGUUGACCUUCAUCUCCCGGAACACCUACUACGCAGCGGAUCGAUUCGCUAAGGAUUGGGCGCUCGCGCAUCCAGAUCGAGUCGACUUUAUCGGGCUUCAGAUGGGCGACGUCUACGACAUCAACGAUCCGCUUGCCAUCGUCGACCAGAUCUUCGUGUUCGGCGAGCCUCUCGGGUUCCCUCGUGUGUUCCUCUGGCACGUCGCUCAUAUUCUGAUUACUACAUGGAUCGAGAUGAACAAGGCGACUAACGAGACACUGCGCGAGAGCCUGACGCCACAAGCACGCACUUGGGGUCAACAGUCCACCAAUGAAGCAACCCAGCCUUCGUCCACCUUUGUCGAGAUGUCUACAGACAAGAAAGGCAGUAAGAAAAACCGCAAGAUCACACGAUCUCGACCCAGCAAACUGACCACACCGGCAGAGCCUUCGUCCGCCGUCGAUAAGCCAGACUAUGUCGCGAAUGAGUCUUCCGGAGUACCAGAUCAGCCCAACAUGCGCUAUGCUCCUCCACGCAUCCCGUCGCAGGGUCUUGCUCAGCGUGGGGGCCAUUCUGCUCCAUUGAGGAGCGGCGAUAUGGGUGUUCCGGCAGGGCCCUCGAGACCGUCGCCCAACAUGCAUGCGCUAUCCUUGAACAUUCCAAAAUCCAAUCGUAACAUGAACUCCGGAUCCUACGUUCAGCAACACGGCUGGGUCGAGAACAACAACCGCACUGCAUAUGGUCCAUACCCACGACAGCCUUCUGGCGCUAUGCCUGCCAUGCAGUCGCCUCACUUCCUACCCCCGCAAAUGGCACCAGGCCAACAUAUCGCUCAGCCAAUGAUGUCGGGUGUAGUUCCGUAUGUUCAGGUGGUCCAUCAUGGCUUUGCUCUCCAGCACCCCGACCCUGGCCUGAUGUCUCGAGCACAACUCAACUACCAGCAGAACAUGAUGCAAGCUCAGCCAAUAAACCCUAUAUUCACGCAGCAGCCACACAGCCAGCACGUCUCGAUGGGCGACAUGACUAACAACAUGAUGCUUCAACACCAGGAUCCUCGUGCGCCGGUGCCCCGUCGUUCCAAUCCACCGCGCAACCCCCAAGAGCUCUACGAUCCUUACGGUGGCAACAACCCUAAGUUCAACGGUGCCCCAGGUCAUAACAACACAGGCCGGAAGGGUGGUAACAGCGGCUUCGCCGCUCAGUCUGGUCGUGGCCGCAAAGUAUCCAACCCAGGCGGGCGGGAGUCAUAUAACAGGUCCAACGCUGAUUACAACGGCAACGUUCCAUCCAGCGGACCUCGAUAUGCCGACUACAACAAUCGCCGUCGCCCAUCGGAAGACGACCCGGCUAUCACUGGCGACUCCGUCUCUGGUUGCGGUCAUACAUGGAUUGGACCCAAGAACCAGACCGUCACCGAGCUUUGGAUCGGGGAUUUGUUACCCGAUACCGGCGAGUCUGAAAUUGCACAGAUGUUCAAGCAGACGAUCGGCAUUAGCCCUAUCGCGGUCUCCUUGAGGGGCAACAAGAUCGGCGCAAGUUCUAUUCAUGCCUUUGCUACGUAA